UGGAGGGGACAGUCACAGCACACUGAAAACACUGCAGUCAAGAGUCACAGACAGGAGUAGUAUGACUUACUACAGCAUUAAGACCAGCUAUUUCCUUUGACAUCAUAUAAGAACUGAACAGGCACUUCUCUCUCGUUGUGUCACUCAGACUGAAGACAGAGUUACAUGUUUAUCGUUUACGAGGACGUAUCGACCCUCAAUGAGGACAUUGGGUAUGGCGGUUUUCAAGCAACAGAGAGUAGAGGACUUCUAUGAGAUUGGUGAAGAGCUGGGGAGUGGCCAGUUUGCCAUCGUGAAGCGUGUCCGGGACAAGUGCUCGGGUCUGGAGUAUGCUGCAAAGUUUGUGAAGAAGUGUCAGAGCCGGGCCAGCAGGAGGGGAGUGAGGAGGGAAGACAUAGAGAGAGAGGUGGACAUCCUACAGCUGGUCACACAUCCCAACAUUGUAGCGUUGCAUGAUGUCUACGAGACCCGCACUGACGUGGUGCUCAUACUGGAACUGGUGUCUGGAGGAGAGCUGUUUGACUUCCUGGCUCAGAAGGAGUCUCUGAGCGAAGAGGAGGCUACCCAGUUCAUCAAACAGAUCCUGAACGGAGUCCAGUUCCUCCAUGGCAAGAGGAUAGCACACUUUGACCUCAAGCCUGAGAACAUCAUGCUGUUGGAUAAGAAUGUUGAUCUGCCGCGCAUCAAGCUCAUAGACUUUGGUCUGGCUCAUAAGAUGGAUCAGGUUGGGACGGACUUUAAAAAGAUCUUUGGAACACCUGAAUUUGUGGCUCCAGAAGUCGUCAACUAUGAGCCUCUGGGUUUAGAAGCAGACAUGUGGAGCAUCGGAGUCAUCACCUACAUACUUUUGAGUGGAGCGUCGCCGUUCCUUGGUGACUCGAAGCAGGAGACUCUAGGGAACAUCUCAGCCAUAGCCUAUGAGUUCGAUGACGACUUGUUCAGCAGGACCAGUGAGCUGGCCAAAAGCUUUAUACGACAACUACUGGAGAAAGACACCAGAAAACGGUUGACUAUCCAUGGUGCUCUGAACCAUCCCUGGAUACAGCCGUUGGACUCCAGACAGGCCCUGGUAAAGAGACAGUCUGUGGUCAACCUGGAGAACUUCAGGAGACAAUACGCCCGACGCAGGUGGAAGCUUUCCUUCAGAAUUGUGUCUCUCUGUAACCAUUUAACUCGCAUGAUGAAGAAAGGUCAUCCCAAGCUGGCAGCCCAGGACGAGAGGGACUGUGAGAGCGACCAGGAGACGGAGAUGAUCAUGAAGAAAAGACCCAGAACCAGGAAGAGAAGCAACACUUCCUGAAACCUGCCUAUCUUUUCUGAUUUGUUGAAUGUGUGUCUGUAGCACACAUGAUUGGUCCAAAAGCAGCCACAGAGACUAAUUCAAAAACUGCUGUCCAUACAAGGUCUUUUAUAUGUUGCACAGCAUUCUAAAAACACAUUUUCUGGGGCAAUAGAUGAAACACGUUGAUAGUGUUUCCUAUGGAGGGAUUUCAGCGCCAACAGAAAUGGUAUUUGAAUCCCUGCCUUCUGUAAAGCUAUCUAGAUUGUAGAAAUGUACAUGUGAUAGGGGACAGGUUACACGGUACAGGUUAGGGUUACAGGUUAGGAUAGGGGACAGGAUAGGGUACAGGUUAGGAUAGGGUACAGGUUAGGGUUACAGGUUAGGAUAGGGGACAGGAUAGGGUACAGGUUAGGAUAGGGUACAGGUUAGGGUUACAGGUUAGGAUAGGGGACAAGAUAGGGUACAGGUUAGGGUAGGGUACAGGUUAGGGUUACAGGUUAGGAUAGGGUACAGGUUAGGAUAGGGGACAGGACAGGGUACAGGUUAGGGUACAGGUUAGGAUAGGGGACAGGAUAGGGUACAGGUUAGGAUAGGGUACAGGUUAGGGUUACAGGUUAGGAUAGGGGACAAGAUAGGGUACAGGUUAGGGUAGGGUACAGGUUAGGGUUACAGGUUACGAUAGGGGACAGGAUAGGGUACAGGUUAGGGUACAGGUUAGGAUAGGGUACAGGUUAGGGUUACAGGUUAGGAUAGGGGACAGGAUAGGGUACAGGUUAGGGUACAGGUUAGGAUAGGGUACAGGUUAGGGUUACAGGUUAGGAUAGGGGACAGGAUAGGGUACAGGUUAGGGUAGGGUACAGGUUAGGGUUACAGGUUAGGAUAGGGGACAGGAUAGGGUACAGGUUAGGGUACAGGUUAGGAUAGGGUACAGGUUAGGGUUACAGGUUAGGAUAGGGGACAGGAUAGGGUACAGGUUAGGGUACAGGUUAGGAUAGGGUACAGGUUAGGGUACAGAUUAGGAUAGGGUACAGGUUAGGGUUACAGGUUAGGAUAGGGGACAGGAUAGGGUACAGGUUAGGGUACAGAUUAGGAUAGGGUACAGGUUAGGGUUACAGGUUAGGAUAGUGGACAGGUUAGGGUACAGGUUAGGAUAGGGUACAGGUUAGGAUAGGGUACAGGUUAGGAUAGGGUACAGGUUAGGGUUACAGGUUAGGAUAGGGGACAGGAUAGUGUUACACGGUACGGGUUAGGGUUAGGGUACUGGUUAGGGUUAUAGUGGACAGGUUAGGGUUACAGGUUAGGAUAGGGGACAGGUUAGGGUUAUAGUGGACAGGUUAGGGUUGCAGGUUAGGAUAGGGGACAGGUUAGGGUUAUAGUGGACAGGUUAGGGUUGCAGGUUAGGAUAGGGGACAGGUUAGGGUUACCGUGGACAGGUUAGGAUAUGAUACAGGUUAGGGUUACAGUGGACAGGUUAGGGUUACCGUGGACAGGUUAGGAUAUGAUACAGGUUAGGGUUACAGUGGACAGGUUAGGGUUACAGUGGACAGGUUAGGGUUACAGUGGACAGGUUAGGGUUACAGUGGACAGGUUAGGGUUACAGUGGACAGGUUAGGGUUACAGUGGACAGGCUAGGGUUACAGUGGACAGGUUAGGGUUACAGUGGACAGGCUAGGGUUACAGUGGACAGGUUAGGGUUACAGUGGACAGGUUAGGGUUACAGUGGACAGGUUAGGGUUACAGUGGACAGGUUAGGGUUACAGUGGACAGGUUAGGGUUACAGUGGACAAGUUAGGGUUACAGUGGACAGGCUAGGGUUACAGUGGACAGGUUAGGGUUACAGUGGACAGGUUAGGGUUACAGUGGACAGGUUAGGGUUAUAGUGGACAGGUUAGGGUUACAGUGGACAGGCUAGGGUUACAGUGGACAGGUUAGGGUUACAGUGGACAGGUUAGGGUUACAGUGGACAGGUUAGGGUUACAGUGGACAGGUUAGGGUUACAGUGGACAGGUUAGGGUUACAGUGGACAGGUUAGGGUUACAGUGGACAGGUUAGGGUUACAGUGGACAGGUUAGGGUUACAGUGGACAGGUUAGGGUUACAGUGGACAGGUUAGGGUUAUAGUGAGCAGGUUAGGGUUACAGUGGACAGGUUAAGGUUAGGGUAUAUGUUGGGGUGCAGGUUAGGGUACAGGUUAGAUUCCUCAUUCUGCUGUUGUCCUCGUAAAUGAACAACCUCCUCAUUCUGCUCUUGUCUUCAUUCUGCUGUUGUCCUGAUAAGUGACUAACUUCCUCAUUCUGCUGUUGUCUUCAUAAGAGACUAACUUCCUCAUUCUGCUGUUGUCUUCAUAAGAGACUAACUUCCUCAUUCUGCUGUUGUCUUCAUAAGAGACUAACUUCCUCAUUCUGCUGUUGUCCUCAUAAGUGACUAACUUCCUCAUUCUGCUGUUGUUCUCAUAAGAGACUAACUUCCUCAUUCUGCUGUUGUCUUCAUAAGAGACUAACUUCCUCAUUCUGCUGUUGUCUUCAUAAGAGACUAACUUCCUCAUUCUGCUGUUGUCCUCAUAAGAGACUAACUUCCUCAUUCUGCUGUUGUCUUCAUAAGAGACUAACUUCCUCAUUCUGCUGUUGUCCUCAUAAGUGACUAACUUCCUCAUUGUGCUGUUGUCCUCAUUCUGCUGUUGUCCUCAUUCUGCUGUUGUCCUCAUAAGUGACUAACUUCCUCAUUCUGCUGUUGUCCUCAUAAGUGACUAACUUCCUCAUUCUGCUGUUGUCCUCAUUCUGCUGUUGUCCUGAUAAGUGACUAACUUCCUCAUUCUGCUCUUGUCCUCAUUCUGCUGUUGUCUUCAUAAGUGACUAACUUCCUCAUUCUGCUCUUGUCCUCAUUCUGCUGUUGUCUUCAUAAAUGAACAACUUCCUCAUUCUGCUGUUGUCUUCAUAAAUGAACAACUUCCUCAUUCUGCUGUUGUCCUCAUUCUGCUGUUGUCUUCAUAAAUGAACAACUUCCUCAUUCUGCAGUUGUCCUCGUAAGUGACUAACUUCCUCAUUCUGCUCUUGUCCUCAUAAGUGACUAACAUCCUCAUUCUGCUGUUGUCUUCAUAAAUGAACAACUUCCUCAUUCUGCUGUUGUCUUCAUAAAUGAACAACUUCCUCAUUCUGCUGUUGUCCUCAUUCUGCUGUUGUCUUCAUAAAUGAACAGCUUCCUCAUUCUGCUGUUGUCGUCAUAAGUGACUAACUUACUCAUUCUGCUGUUGUUUUCAUAAAUGAACAACUUCUUCAUUCUGCUGCUGUCCUCAUUCUGCUGUUGACCUCAUUCUGCUUUUGUCUUCAUUCUGCUGUUGUCCUCAUAAGAGACUAACUUCCUCAUUCUGCUGUUGUCCUCAUAAGUGACUAACAUCCUCAUUCUGCUCUUGUCCUCAUUCUGCUGUUGACCUCAUAAGAGACUAACUUCCUCAUUUUGCUGUUGUCGUCAUUCUGCUCUUGUCCUCAUUCUGCUGUUGUCCUCAUAAGAGACUAACUUCCUCAUUCUGCUGUUGUCCUCAUAAGUGACUAACUUCCUCAUUCUGCUGUUGUCCUCAUAAAUGAACAACCUCCUCAUUCUGCUGUUGUCCUCAUUCUGCUGUUGUCCUCAUAAGUGACUAACUUCCUCAUUCUGCUGUUGUCCUCAUUCUGCUGUUGUCCUCAUUCUGCUGUUGUCCUGAUAAGAGACUAACUUCCUCAUUCUGCUCUUGUCCUCAUUCUGUUGUUGUCUUCAUGAGUGACUAACUUCCUCAUUCUGCUCUUGUCCUCAUUCUGCUGUUGUCUUCAUAAAUGAACAACUUCCUCAUUCUGCUGUUGUCUUCAUAAAUGAACAACUUCCUCAUUCUGCUGUUGUCCUCAUUCUGCUGUUGUCUUCAUAAAUGAACAACUUCCUCAUUCUGCUGUUGUCCUCGUAAGUGACUAACUUCCUCAUUCUGCUCUUGACCUCAUAAAUGAACAGCUUCCUCAUUCUGCUGUUGUCCUCAUAAGUGACUAACUUACUCAUUCUGCUGUUGUUUUCAUAAAUGAACAACUUCUUCAUUCUGCUGCUGUCCUCAUUCUGCUGUUGACCUCAUUCUGCUUUUGUCUUCAUUCUGCUGUUGUCCUCAUAAGAGACUAACUUCCUCAUUCUGCUGUUGUCCUCAUAAGUGACUAACAUCCUCAUUCUGCUCUUGUCCUCAUUCUGCUGUUGACCUCAUAAGAGACUAACUUCCUCAUUCUGCUGUUGUCGUCAUUCUGCUCUUGUCCUCAUUCUGCUGUUGUCCUCAUAAGAGACUAACUUCCUCAUUAUGCUUUUGUCCUCAUAAGUGACUAACUUCCUCAUUCUGCUGUUGUCCUCAUAAAUGAACAACCUCCUCAUUCUGCUGUUGUCCUCAUUCUGCUGUUGUCCUCAUAAGUGACUAACUUCCUCAUUCUGCUGUUGUCCUCAUUCUGCUGUUGUCCUCAUUCUGCUGUUGUCCUGAUAAGAGACUAACUUCCUCAUUCUGCUGUUGUCGUCAUUCUGCUCUUGUCCUCAUUCUGCUGUUGUCCUCAUAAGUGACUAACUUCCUCAUUCUGCUGUUGUCCUCAUAAAUGAACAACCUCCUCAUUCUGCUGUUGUCCUCAUUCUGCUCUUGUCCUCAUAAGAGACUAACUUCCUCAUUUUGCUGUUGUCCUCAUAAGUGACUAACUUCCUCAUUCUGCUCUUGUCCUCAUUCUGCUGUUGACCUCAUUCUGCUCUUGUCUUCAUUCUGCUGUUGUCCUCAUAAGAGACUAACUUCCUCAUUCUGCUGUUGUCCUCAUAAGUGACUAACUUCCUCAUUCUGCUGUUGUUCUCAUAAAUGAACAACCUCCUCAUUCUGCUGUUGUCCUCAUUCUGCUGUUGUCUUCAUAAAUUAACAACUUCCUCAUUCUGCUGUUGUCCUCGUAAGUGACUAACUUCCUCAUUCUGCUCUUGUCCUCAUAAAUGAACAGCUUCCUCAUUCUGCUGUUGUCCUCAUAAGUGACUAACUUACUCAUUCUGCUCUUGUCCUCAUAAAUGAACAGCUUCCUCAUUCUGCUGUUGUCCUCAUAAGUGACUAACUUACUCAUUCUGCUGUUGUUUUCAUAAAUGAACAACUUCUUCAUUCUGCUGCUGUCCUCAUUCUGCUGUUGACCUCAUUCUGCUUUUGUCUUCAUUCUGCUGUUGUCCUCAUAAGAGACUAACUUCCUCAUUCUGCUGUUGUCCUCAUAAGUGACUAACAUCCUCAUUCUGCUCUUGUCCUCAUUCUGCUGUUGACCUCAUAAGAGACUAACUUCCUCAUUCUGCUGUUGUCGUCAUUCUGCUCUUGUCCUCAUUCUGCUGUUGUCCUCAUAAGAGACUAACUUCCUCAUUCUGCUGUUGUCCUCAUAAAUGAACAACCUCCUCAUUCUGCUGUUGUCCUCAUUCUGCUGUUGUCCUCAUAAGUGACUAACUUCCUCAUUCUGCUGUUGUCCUCAUUCUGCUGUUGUCCGCAUUCUGCUGUUGUCCUGAUAAGAGACUAACUUCCUCAUUCUGCUGUUGUCGUCAUUCUGCUCUUGUCCUCAUUCUGCUGUUGACCUCAUUCUGCUCUUGUCUUCAUUCUGCUGUUGUCCUCAUAAGAGACUAACUUCCUCAUUCUGCUGUUGUCCUCAUAAGUGACUAACUUCCUCAUUCUGCUGUUGUCGUCAUUCUGCUCUUGUCCUCAUUCUGCUGUUGACCUCAUUCUGCUCUUGUCUUCAUUCUGCUGUUGUCCUCAUAAGAGACUAACUUCCUCAUUCUGCUGUUGUCCUCAUAAGAGACUAACUUCCUCAUUCUGCUGUUGUCCUCAUAAGUGACUAACUUCCUCAUUCUGCUGUUGUCCUCAUAAGUGACUAACUUCCUCAUUCUGCUGUUGUCCUCAUAGAUGAAACACCUCAUCAUUCUGCUGUUGUCCUCAUUCUGCUCUUGUCCUCAUAAGUGACUAACUUCCUCAUUCUGCUGUUGUCCUCAUAGAUGAAACACCUCAUCAUUCUGCUGCUGUCCUCAUUCUGCUGUUGACCUCAUUCUGCUCUUGUCUUCAUUCUGCUGUUGUCCUCAUAAGAGACAAACUUCCUCAUUCUGCUGUUGUCCUCAUAAGUGACUAACUUCCCCAUUCUCAUAUGUGAACAACCUCCUCAUUCCCAUGUACUGUACAUCUAAUAAACAGAGUUAGUAAAGAUUUGUAUUAUCUCUCUUGAAAACUGGCCUUACUUUGUAUGACUGAAAUGUUCAAGUUUUGAUAUAUUUUAAUAUAUUCAUGAAAUGGGGAUUUUGUGUCUUAAGUGGGUCGUGCAUGCUGACCACACCGCUCACAUUGCGGAAUAAAUGUGCACAUGCAUGUUAAUCAAUAAUUACAUCCAAACUGCUUGCGCACGUCAACAUCUGCAUAGCCAGGCGCUGAAAUAGAACCAAGUUCUAUUUGUGAUGCUGAAUGCGCUGCAAGUCCCGCCUCUCCCAUCUCCUCAUUGGUUGUUAGGAGCAUCUACCCACUUGGGUGAUUGAAAGCCACUGAGGUCCACACUCCAGUCCAGUUGGUGGUGGUAAUGCACCUUAAAGCUGGUUGCCAACCGCCAUAUAAAGUCCAAAGAAGAAAACUGAAGGAGGAGAGAUUACUCGACACUGACUUCCCCUUUUAUCUGUGGAUUCACUGUCAGAGUAGAGAACAUUCAAACAAAUCUACAAAGAUCCAGGAAAAAAAUUGACCUUGUGUAUUUCAAGUAAAAUAACAACCCAGUGUUUUUUAAUUUUAUCCCAGGACAAAUGAACUAGCUAAAUGUCCAUGAAUGUUUCAUGUGUUUAGACCUGUCCCAAAUGAAUAUAAAUCGUUCAGAGUUCGUUUGGAUAUUUCAACUUGCGUGUCCUGAUUGUGUCUGGUGUGGUUGGACAAAAUCAACAUGCGUGCAAUGUGCACGUGGAUGCAGGCGUGUGCCCGGUGUCGUCAACAUGUUUGUUCUUGUGAUUCAAUGCUGGAGGCUUUGCUGUUCAACAAAAAGGAUGUAUUUGUUUAAAAAAAUAAACUUUGUUAAAAAGAA